AUGAGGCGAGUGGUACGACAAAGCAAGUUUCGGCAUGUAUUUGGACAAGCAGUGAAAAAUGACCAGUGCUAUGAUGACAUCCGGGUUUCUCGUGUGACCUGGGAUAGUUCCUUUUGUGCUGUCGAUCCCAGAUUUGUUGCCAUAAUCAUAGAAGCGAGUGGGGGAGGAGCAUUCCUCGUGCUGCCUUUGCAUAAGACUGGUCGAAUUGACAAAUCCUACCCUACGGUAUGUGGCCACACAGGACCAGUGCUGGACAUAGAUUGGUGCCCACAUAACGAUCAAGUCAUUGCCAGCGGUUCAGAGGACUGUACGGUUAUGGUAUGGCAGAUCCCAGAAAAUGGACUCACCCUUUCUCUCACUGAACCUGUGGUGGUUUUAGAAGGCCACUCAAAGAGAGUUGGCAUUGUGGCCUGGCAUCCGACAGCCCGCAACGUGCUUCUUAGCACAAGCUGUGAUAAUGCCAUCAUCAUCUGGAACGUGGGGACCGGGGAAGCUCUUAUAAACUUGGAUGAUAUGCAUUCAGACAUGAUUUACAAUGUGAGCUGGAACCGGAAUGGCAGCCUGAUCUGCACAGCUUCCAAAGACAAGAAAGUGAGAGUCAUCGAUCCCAGGAAACAAGAGAUUGUUGCUGAGAAGGAGAAAGGACAUGAAGGAGCAAGACCCAUGAGAGCCAUCUUCCUGGCUGAUGGCAAUGUCUUCACCACUGGGUUCAGCCACAUGAGCGAGUGGCAGCUGGCCCUCUGGAACCCGAAAAACAUGCAGGAACCGAUUGCUCUUCAUGAAAUGGAUAUCAGCAAUGGGGUGCUGCUGCCCUUCUAUGACCCCGACACCAGUAUCAUUUACUUAUGUGGAAAGGGUGACAGCAGUAUCCGCUAUUUUGAGAUCACGGAUGAAUCCCCGUAUGUCCACUACCUCAACACAUUCAGCAGCAAGGAGCCUCAGAGAGGGAUGGGUUACAUGCCCAAGAGAGGACUUGAUGUUAACAAAUGUGAGAUUGCCAGGUUCUUCAAACUUCAUGAGAGAAAGUGUGAGCCUAUUAUCAUGACUGUACCCAGGAAGUCUGACCUUUUCCAUGAUGACCUGUAUCCUGACACAGCGGGGCCAGAAGCUGCACUGGAGGCAGAAGAGUGGUUUGAGGGGAAGAAUGCAGAUCCCAUCCUCAUCUCCUUGAAGCAUGGGUACAUUCCAGGCAAAAACAGGGAUCUCAAGGUGGUCAAGAAGAACAUUCUGGAUAACAAGCCCACUGCAAACAAGAAGUGUGACCUGAUCAGUGUCUCCAAGAAAAUCACAGACACAGCUAGUGUGCAAAAUGAAGCCAAGUUGGAUGAGAUUUUAAAAGAGAUCAAAUCUAUAAAAGACACAAUCUGCAAUCAAGACGAGCGUAUUUCCAAGUUAGAACAGCAGAUGGCGAAGAUAGCGGCCUGAAGGCCCCACCCCCACCCCUCCAAGAAAUGGGAGCAAGAACUUGUGCUUGGUAG